AUGUCGUUCCGCAAAAUUCAAUCCGCAAUUGUCGAUCCGCAAAUGUCGUUCCGCAAGUGUCGGGUAACCAUUUUUUCUUCAUGUCUAGGGUACAAAGUCCAUAGUUUACUCAGUCAGCGGUAUGGGGAAACACAACGAGCAAUGACAUCCAUCUAAUCACAUCGUCGACACACACACGUGGUAUGUGCGUCCCGGAAUGGGGGAAAGAGGGGAAGCAAAAAUGCUUUUAAUGUUAUGGGGGGGGGGGGUGUUUAGUUUGGGAAGAGGAAAAUGAAAAUCUUUUUUUUCUCUCAUUCCUUCAAGUAGUACACACACAUUUAUAUUUGUUUAUUGCUCUUUUUUCUUCUCAUUUUCUCUUGAAAUAUUUUUAUUUUCUGUUUAUUUUCCUUCACAAUUUUUUUCUCAUUCGCCAAACCAGAAAAGAAAAAAAAUUUUUAAAUGUGUUGAUUUGUGUUGAGGAUUUUUGGUUUUAAAAGGGGUUAAUGUACAAUUUAAAAGUAAACAUUUUCAAGGUUUUUGAAAUUAUUUAAAAGGAAUAGUAGAACUUCAAAAAAUAUUUAGAACGUUACGCUUAUUUUUGGGGAGAGAAAAACAACGUUUUCCAAAACAUUGUUUUGGAAGGCGACAAAUAUAAAAAGUUUUUAGUUUUGUAUUAAGUACCCAAUAGUGACUGAAUUUUAGUGAUCGAUUUGGGAACCUCGAUAGCUGAGAUUUCUU